AUGGCUACCAAGCAUUGGCUUGAGAAGCCAGGAGUUCAAGACAUGCAAAAUGCAAAGGCACAUGUUCAGAUGGUGAGUUCACCCAUGCUCAAUGGUCUCAAUUCUCGCGAUAUCACUCCUGAGGUCGACAAUGGAUCUCUACUGACUAUGGGAAAUGACUUUCCCUGUUCCUGUGACAUGCCAACCCUGCAAGACAUUGAGAACAUGGCCAACCAGUGGCAAAAGGGAUGGGCCCAGACAUCUGAACACACAUGGGAUGAUGCAUAUGAAAACCUACUCAAAGGUGUGCAAAAGAAGGGAGGACUAGAGACUAUCAUUUUUCUUGACAAAUAUGGUCAAAUUCUUCGAAGUUAA